CUCUCUCGGCGACCCUGCCGGCGAUUCGGUGCGUCUCUACACCUUUUCUCUCGCCGUCGGCACUGCAUGCCCAGCCUGUGCGGAACAGCCUGUAUCUUGCCAUACUAGGAACAGCAUCGCAUCCUACCCAGACCUCGGCUACCUUGGUCCCUUCUUUCUGCCUUGCAACAAAUCCUGUUGUCCGCACAGCGUACAUAGUCUGUCAAUGACACAUCCAUAAUAAUAUAAAUAUAAGCAUACAAUAAGAAUGAGCCGUGUUUCUUCCCGCGUCCGCCCUACGGACUGUUUACAGGGCGCUCUGCGGCCGAAGCGGGGAGCGGCACCGGCAGCAGCAGCAGCAGCAGCAGCACAAAUACAAACACCUCCAGGACAGCUGUGCGCUGAGGAAUGGAAAACACGUGCACAUUUGCGUUCUGGGAUUCCCUCUGUCUGUUAUGCGAAUCGGACUUGUUCGUCGCGGCAUGCGAUUCAGCUUCAGAGUCGGAAUGGCGGGUUGGUCGGUUUGAGAAGGGGAUUGGCGACGGUGGGCAAUGGAGUGAACGAAGAAAAUAGGAGCAGACUGGUGGAUUCUGGGCCGGAGGAUGGGCCUUUGAGGGAGUAUAAUGUGCGGGUUGAGCAGGGGAGAUUGAAGGAUGAUCCGUAUCAACGAGCGAUGAUCCAACACCUCCAAGAACUCUAUGAGACCCUAAAAACUUACAACCCUCCCAAAGUUGUCCGUCCUGACGUGGAAUCGCUGGACCCCAAGUCCAAGUCGUCUUUCUUCAGCUCCCUGUUCAGUGGAUUUACCAGCGGUGGCGCGGACGAUGUGACUAUCCCUCCGGACCUUCCUAAGGGUCUAUACAUGUAUGGGGAUGUGGGGUGCGGGAAGACGAUGCUCAUGGAUCUGUUCUACGACACUUUGCCGUCACGUAUUACGGCGAGGACGCGCAUUCAUUUUCACAAUUUCAUGCAGGAUGUCCAUAAGCGCAUGCAUAAGGUCAAGGUGCAGCAUGGCAGUGAUUUGGAUGCGUUGCCGUUGGUGGCUGCUGAUAUUGCGCAGUCAGCGAGCGUGCUAUGUUUCGAUGAGUUUCAGUGUACUGAUGUUGCGGAUGCGAUGAUUCUGAGGAGACUCCUCGAAUUGCUCAUGUCUCAUGGCGUUGUCCUGGUGACAACUUCCAAUCGCCAUCCCGAUGAACUGUACAAAAACGGCAUCCAGCGACAGUCUUUCAUUCCCUGCAUCGAGCUCCUCAAGAAAGAGCUCCAUGUUAUCAACCUCAAUUCGCCUACGGAUUACCGCAAGAUCCCCCGUCCGCCGUCCGGGGUGUAUCAUCACCCCUUGGGCCCUGAAGCGGACCAGCAUGCUGAAUGGUGGUUCGAGUAUCUCGGCGAUCCAAUCAAUGAUCCUCCCCAUCCUGCCAUGCAGGAGGUCUGGGGGCGCAAGAUCAAAGUACCCCUGGCGAGCGGUAGAGCGGCUCGUUUUAGCUUCAAGCAGUUGCUCGGUAGCGCGACGGGUGCAGCGGAUUACCUCGAACUGGUCCGACAUUAUGACUCGUUCGUCGUUACUGAUGUUCCAGAGAUGGAUAUUCACCAGCGUGAUCUGGUGCGGAGGUUCAUUACCUUUUUGGAUGCCGUAUAUGAAAGCAGGGCCAAACUGGUCCUCACAAGCGCAGUCCCAUUGAAGAACCUCUUCCUCCCGGCUGUCGAACCGGACACAGCCUCGACCAAAGACAACAAGGAUGCAGCAAGUCUCCCGGAUGAUAUGCGUACUCUCAUUGAUGAUCUUGGCGUCGAUAUGAAGACCCUCAAAGAAUCCUCCAUGUUCAGCGGGGACGAAGAGCGGUUCGCCUUUGCGCGUGCCCUUUCCCGACUGUCGGAGAUGGGCAGCAAAGAAUGGGUUGAACGGGGCCUCGGAGCCAAGGAUGCGGGAAAGGAAGUGAAAAAUGGUCAGAGUCGAUGGAGUGAAGGCAGUGCAUAGGUUUGUUUGACAUGGUUAUUAUCUGGCAUUGCUACAUAUCUUCUGGUAUACUUUCUAUAUAUAUACUCUUUGCUGAUGAGAUACCUAACCUGCACAUAGACGAUGUUUCUUGGCUUAUCUCAUGUUCUGGGCCGGCUUCCAUCUAUAGACGGGUUGCCUCUUUCUUUGUUUAUUCUGUUCCAUGUCUUGUUUGCCCAGUGUAACCCGUGCAAUUUCUGUGUACACCGGACAUAUGGUAUCUGUUUGUGCUGUACAUUGUACGUCUGUACCUCCAUGUCCAUAAGACAUAUCCUUCAGGAAGUGAAUCCUCGAAUCCAUGCCAUAUGCUUGGUAUUCUCGCUUUGCCUGACCUGACAGUGCUACAUUCUAUCCAUUCCUGUAUGACAGAUCAAUGGGAGAUGGAAAUGUUUCUAUUCUACUAUCCCUCUUGCUUCCCCGCCCCCUCCUUUUCUUUUUUCUAGAUAGUACGCAGGCUCUAUCAAAUUUCAACUAUAAGGAUCCGGAUCUUGAGUUUCAU